AUGGCACCACCAUCAAUUUACGGAGAACCAAAGAUCAGAUCCGAAAACGGAUCGGUGUUCCUUGAGGUCAUUGCCACCGGAGCCGAUGUCUCCAAGAUCCAAUGGUUCUUCGGAGCCGACGAGCUCGAGGAGAAUGAAUUCCUGAAAUUCUCGCACAAUGACGAGGGAGGCAACCGUACCAUGUUUAUUGCCGAAAUCAAGGACUUCGACAAACCACUUGCCGGAGAAUACAAAGCAGUUUUUGCUAACGCUGAUGGACAGAACAGUGCCUCCUUCACCGUUACCGCAGGAAAUGCCCCAGAUUUCCACGACAAGCCACAUAUUGUUCAGAGAGAUAACGGAAAUGUGAUUGUGAUCAAGGUCCGCGCCAAGUCGCACCUUGAAAUGAAAGCCGAGUGGUUCAAGGACGACAAGCCAGUCAAGAUGACCGAUCGUGUCAAGGCUGUUGUCAAGAAGGAUGAUAAGGAUAAGGACGGAUACCAAUUCUUGCUCGAGAUCACCGGACCACAGAAGGACGACGAGGCUAAAUACAAGUGCAUUGUCAAAAACUCCGAGGGACAGAACCAACAAUCUUUGAACUUGGUCUUCGAUUAA